GCGACAUCAGCAACACAUACAUAAAGACUUGCUUUCAGGAAGUAUUUGAAAUGGCUGCUGCGCGGGAAUUUGGCAGUAAGGAUUGCGCGCGCAGGCAACCGUGCGCGCUUUUGUAGUCAUCACAGUUCAUUGAAUUGUUUCAAGCGUUCAAGUAGUCUUACUGGCGAACAUGUUGGCAACUGGACAUGUGUGCGAGUGGUCGCGCCUAACAGAAGGCCUCAUUCACAAAAUAGCUAGCUAUCUCCAUCCUAACGAGGUUGCAACUAGCCUCAGGUUGCUGAACCACGAGACAGCGCAGUGCCUGAAGGCGCACAACUGCAUUCAGCUCUCGCAGCCAGUCACUCCAGCGCCUUCGUGGUCUGAUGAUGAACGACCUGCGUAUGUGGCUUCCCAGUCCUGGCCCUCGGCUGCGUUUGUGGCGCACUGGGGCCGACCGCAGCCCUGGCGCGCCCUCAGCUUGCAACAGCGGUGCCGGCUGCUGUGCCUGGCCGCGAACUCGGGCUGUGCUGCGAGCCUUGAGGUCGCGCUGGCGCAGUGCGGCUGCAGCCUGACGUCGGAGGUGGCCGUGGCUGCCGCGCUCGGCGGCAGCGUGUCUGCAUGCGAGACGCUGCUGAUCCGGGAGGGCUGCGACUGCAUGGCGCGCCUGGAGGACGUCGCGGCGGAGGCCGGUCACCUGGAGCUGCUGCGCUGGCUACGUCAGGCUCGGCGGGAGUCUAAGCUGCUUCGAUACCCUCCGAUGCAUUUACUGCAGAAGCACGGGCAUUGGGAUUUUUCAACGCCGGUCGCGGCCUGCCGUGGCGGCCACGCGCACAUCCUCGCCUGGCUGCAGACGGCGGAGGCGCAGGGACUCGGCAGAGCUCCGGGCGCGGUUGCGGCAGGGCCAUUAAAGCUGGCUCACCCAAUAGCCGUGCCAUUCCUGACGGGCGCGGCCGGCGCGGGCGGGCACGUGCAGCUACUGGAUCAACUGCUGCCGCGCCUGGAGCCCAGUCCCACAAGGGCGACGUGCAGCAUGCUGGAGCAGGUGGCGCAGGGCUGCCCGCUGGAGGCCCUGCAGCGGGCUUACAGCCGUGUCUUUGGCGGUACGCAGCCUGACCUUAACACAAAACUGAUGCUGGUGCUCACCGCCGCCGUCAGCCACACGCCAGACUGGGAGCAGAAGCUGGACUGGAUCCUGCGGCAGCAGCCGCCGUUCGGACACGCCGACCCAGAUGACAUUGACUUCAUUCAUGCCGAUAUGCGGAUCUGUGGCGCCGGCCGGCUGCCGGACUGGCUGCAGCGGCUGCAGGCCCUGCGCGCGCGCAACGUGCCGCUGCCGCCUCUAAGUGACCUGGCGGCGUGGGCUGCCCAUAUGAAUGACGCUGCCGCGCUUACGUGGCUGCUGGCGGAGCAGGGCGCAGCAGGCGCGGUAGUGAGCGACGAGUUAGCGCACAUUGCUGCGACGUCUGGGCACGUGCCGAUACUCGCCGCGCUGCAAAACCGGGGCUACACGUUCUCAGGGCGACACACGCGGGAUGCGGCUCUAUACGGCAAAGCGGCGGCGGUGAGCUGGCUCCUCGCGCAGCCGCUGCAGCCCUCCGUAGACGACUUGGAAGCCGUGUUUAACGGCUUGGCGUACACGGGCGCGGACCUGACCACGCUUCAGCAGCUGCACGAGCGGCACGGCGCGCCCAUUCACCUGGAGACGGUGGCGGAUCACGGCAGCAUGGAGGCGCUGGAGUGGGCGGUGACGGUGGUGCGGGGACACUGGGGCGAGGCGCGUCGCGGCGCCCAGCAGGACGUGGACCAGCUGCUUCUCGCGAUCCAAGACACCGGCGUGGUGUGGCGGACGGCGCUGUCCGGCAACCUGGCGGCGGCGGACUGGCUCACGCAGCUGCUGGUGAUGAACGGGUUCCGUCAGGGCCCAACCCUGCCGGCGGCCGAUGCAUUGUGCGAUGCGGCACGCGGCGGCUCGGGUAGCACCUUUGGGGCACUGCGCUGGUGGCUGCGGCAGCGGCAGGAGGGGCACGGUGCGCAGUCGGUGGCGCAGGAUGAGAGCGAGGGGCGCCAGCCGGCUGAGGGCGCUCUGACAGACACCGAAUGGCGGACGGUAUUGCAGGGUGUGGCGUCGUUUGUGUGUGCCAAGCCGGUGUACCCCCCGUAUUUGACGUACUCACGCGCGCAGUGGAACUGGGUGGUGGCUAAGCGGCUGGAGGCGGCUGCGCAGGCGGAGGCGGCGGGGCAGGCGGGCGCGGUGGCGGCGGCGCAGGCGGAGGCGGAGGGUCUGGUGGCGGAGUGGGCGAAGGGAAGCGAGCCAUAGCACCGGUGGGCCAGCCGGUGCGGUGAAGUUUCCCGCGGUGUGCCUAGGCUGCAGCGGCGUGCACGGCGCCCUGACUUGCAAGGCCGGGGGCGGGCGUGCAGGUUGCCUGCAGCAGGAUGAGCGGGUGGCGGCGGACGCGAAGGCGGGUGAUUGGGUGCAGCGCGGAAAUCAGUUUGGCAGUUAUUGGUCAAACGGCCUUCAUCAGAGACGGUUGCUGUGCGUGGCGGUACCAAUGAGACUUGUGCUUGAAUGUAAUAGAUUUGCCUAGAGGGCAUGCACUUUUCAUGGCUUGCUCAGUCUGGUUGCGCGUUCCGCGUUGCACAUGUAACAGCAUCAUGCGGACCUAGGCGUAUUACUGCUGGCGUGAGCACUCCGCAUGUGCGCUCGCCUGAGCCAGCAGAGUAGCGGGUGGGAGCAGCGUGGGCCGAGGGGCGGCUAGAUACGCUAUCAC